AUGAAGAUAAAACUCUGCAUUGGUCAAUCUAUACAUCUUUUCAGUAUAUGCUCCUCAAACGGGUUGCAAGGUAGAAGAGAAAGAUACUUUAGAGCUAUUCUUGAUAAAGCUGUAAUGGAAAUCUAUAAGGAUGACCUAGUCAUAAUAGGUGGUGACUUAAAUGCGCAUGUGGGAAAAACAAGAGAUACCUACAAAAGGCAUCAUGGUGGUUUUGGAUAUGGAGAAAGAAAUGAUGAAAGAGGGCAUAUACUGAAAUUUGCGCGCCCUGACUUUGCCUUAACCAACACCUACUAUAGGAAAAAAGACAAUGUAAUAGACUGCAAAGUCAUCCCAGGAGAAGAUAUAGCCGCGCAACACAAGCUACUCGUCACAAUUACAGAUGCCUUGGCAAUCAAUGCAAACAUUGAAACAAUAGAUUCUUCACAAGUCAGUUAA